AUGGAGAAGGCACAAAUGCAGGUCCCAAGAGUUAAACUGGGCAGCCAAGGCUUAGAGGUUUCUAGGUUGGGCUUUGGAUGUGGAGGAUUAUCUGGAAUUUAUAAUGCUCCCCUCUCACAUGAAGAAGGAUGUUCAAUCAUUAAAGAAAUAUUCAAUAAGGGUGUCACCUUCUUUGAUACAUCGGAUCUUUACGGAGAUAAUCAUGAUAACGAAAUCAUGGUUGGCAAGGCUUUAAAACAACUUCCCCGAGAAGAAGUCCAGUUGGCUACAAAAUUUGGUAUUACUGUAUCUGAAGGGUUGGUUUUCGGGGUAAAGGGUACCCCUGAAUAUGUGCGACAGUGCUGUGAAGCUAGUCUUAAGCGGCUUGAUGUGGACUAUAUUGAUUUAUUCUAUCAACACCGAGUUGAUACUUCAGUGCCAAUUGAAGACACUAUGGGAGAGCUCAAACAGCUGGUAGAUGAGGGAAAGAUAAAAUAUAUUGGGUUAUCCGAGGCUAAUGCUGACACUAUAAGGAGAGCUCAUGCUGUUCAUCCUAUUACUGCGUUGCAAAUGGAGUAUUCCUUGUGGACCCGUGACAUUGAAGAAGAAAUAAUUCCACUCUGCCGAGAACUUGGGAUUGGAAUAGUGGCAUACAGCCCUCUCGGUCGUGGCUUUUUUGCAGGAAAGGCUGUGGUAGAAACUUUGCCUAGUCAGAGCCUGCUGACAAUGCAUCCCAGGUUCACUGGAGAAAAUUUGGAGAAGAACAAGCUUUUCUAUACACGACUUGUGGACUUGGCUUCCAAGCAUGCUUGCACUCCUUCACAAUUAGCCUUGGCGUGGCUUCUCCAUCAGGGAAAUGACAUAAUCCCUAUACCUGGGACUACUAAACUGAAGAACUUUGAAAACAACGUUGGAUCUGUGACUGUGAAGCUUACAGAUGAGGAUUUGAGGGAAAUCUCUGAAGCAUUUCCUGAUUAUGAAGUUGCUGGUACACGAGAGUAUGGUAUGUUAAGCAACUACACAUGGAAGUUUGCAACAACACCACCGAAGUAA